GCGAAGUACAGUAUUUUGUUCCAACUGUGAUCGGAACUCCAGAUUCUACGGAAGCACAAACAAAAGAAGUCGGCGAUCACUACAGUACCGUUCUAUCUUUUCGUAGUCCCGAUUCGCUUCUGCUGUACCGGAGGGAACAGAAAGACGAUGGCGAAUCGCACAACGGCGAAGGCCUCGGUGCAUCAUUGCAAGCGCAGGCUUUUGCGCCUUGCGAUGGUGCUGCCGCUGCUCUGCUGCUUCGGGUCGAGAGCCGUUCGUUCCUGGACCGCAACCCGCCGGAGUCCUGGGCGGAGGCCCUUCGCGACUCCCCUCCCCUUCCAGAGCGGGGGUGGCGCUCUGUGUGCUUUUUCCCCGCCUUGCGCAAGGGAGACCCCCGUCCACCGGCUCCCGGAGGUCCGCCGCGUCUUUUGCAUCUCGGAUCUGCACGUGGACCACCCUUCCAACAUGGAGUGGCUGCAGGCCUGGAGCAAGGGCAGAGCAAGGAGCGAUGGCAACAACAACGACGAAAGGACCGACGACGAAAAAGCGGCAGCAGCUGCCGGGCCCCGCACCACGGACCUCCUGGUGGUUGCGGGGGACAUUUCCCACGAUCCGGGAAAGAUCGAGGAGGCCCUCCUCCUCCUGCGAAACCACACGGAGCACGUGGUCUUUGUUCCGGGAAACCACGAAGCCUGGCUCUCGUCCUCGGACGAGCUGAAGGCCUACGACGAGCACCAAACGGAAGGGGCCGAAAAAGAUGCCGGGAACCCUUGUUGCGGGGAAACGCAGACGCAGCCAAAGCCGGCGCGGUAUUCGUCCAUCGAAAAGCUGGAGGACAUCGAGCGGCUGUGCCGGAGGCUGGGGGUCUUCACCACCGGGGAUUGCGUCUGCGUCGGGGGUGGUGCUUUGGAAAGCGAGGACGGCAAGCUGCUCCCGGCGGAGGAAUUGUGGAUCCUUCCGAUGGACGGGUGGUACGACGGGUCCCUCUCCUUUGUCGAUCCAAACCCCUCCAGCGGCAGCAACGGCAACGGCACAAGCAGCAGCAACCACCACUACGACCUGGUGAGCGAUUUCGGAAGGUGGCCGUGGGUGGACUUUCUGCGGUGCCGGUGGCCGGGGCUCGAAUCGGUUGGCGAAAACGACGAAAACGAACCGCCGCCCCCCCCGCUGCUGCGAAAGAUCCCGCGCGGGCUCGUCGGGCACUUUGUCAAGCGCAACCAGGGAACCAUCGAUGCCUUUAAGAGGGCCACAACGGAAAGGGAGAGCUUCAAGCGGGGAAGCAAACCACCACCGACAAAAAGUGCCUUUGCUUCGGUCCUGACGGUCUCCCAUUUCUUGCCGAACCGCUUGUGCCUCCCGGACUGGAAGGACCUGUCCUCGGCCGACUUUGACUUUGACUCGUGGCUGGACCACGGGGCCGGGGGCCUCUCGGCAAAGUUUGCCCUGGUGGCCGGUUCCGACAAGCUGGACCAGCAGAUCCGAUCGAUUCCCCUUCCGCAGUACAACGACGACGAAAAUAGCGAAGACGACAGCGAUGCAAACGAUCCCUCGUCAAGCCCGCGGCGGAUCCACGUCUUUGGGCACUCCCACCGGCCGAAGGACUUUGUCUACGGGGGCAUCCGGUACGUCCACAACCCGCUGGGGAAACCCCGCGAGCGGGAACUGCACAUGGUCGAUCCGGAGGCGGCACCGAAACUCGUCUGGGAGGCAAUUCCAAGCGAAGGCGAAGGCGAAGGCGAAGGCUCCGGCUUUUCCUCCAAGCGGGCACCGCAGGGGUGCCACACCGCUUCGAGCACCACCACCAUCAUACGGUACUGGGAGGAGAAGGGAGGGGGGCUGGAGAUGCUCCGGAAACGAAUGGAAGGCUCGAAGCGCCGGCGGAGAAAAGGACCAAAAAACUAAACAGGGACGGGACGGGACGGGACGGGAUGCUUUCCUAGAGUCUGGCGGUGGAUCUGCCCCGCGAUGGUUGGAUGGCAGGGAAUCGCCGUAUCUGCGUUGGGUUGCGUUGGGUUGGGUUGCGGUUCGUCGCCAGCCACGGGGAACGAUCCUCGGCCUGUUUCCCGUUCUUCGUUUUGGUGCAAAGUUGCUCGACCCGUUUUCGUGCUCUGUGCCUCGGUGUUGCAAAUCGGGCUGCGGAUCCUUGUGGGCCUUCCGGCACCUUUCCUCCAAAACCACCGUGGCUCUUGGGGUUGGCAUCCGGGAGGUCUCGUGCCAAUGGUUGCACAGCCCUGGGCAGCAAAGACGGAGGAUUCGCUGCAUCUCUGCACCGGAAGGGUCAUUCGGAUAACGGAGGGACUGGUGCCAAAACCAGGUUCUCAGACUGCUCCAGCCUUUUGUUUGCUUCUAGUGUGUACUGCGUGGCACCGAGAAUGACCAUGUACCUUCGGCCAAUGGGUAAUACUUUGCUCGGAUGGUUGCUACUGUUAGAUCUAUCUUCAAACUAGACGAAAUUUCCACAGAAGACGACUUAUAAUCUUUGACUCAAUAAGGCACUGCCAACAGCAUGAUACAGCAUGAUAGAGUGUUUGUUGGUUGAGAACAUAGAGAAGGAAGUGCAAUUUACUGUAUACAGGGUAGAACUCUGUUCUUAUUAUUGUUUCAAGAGACGUUGCAGGGUAUAGCAAGCUAUACCAGUGUGGAAGAGAUAUUUUUCAGAGAGACAAGGAAAUAGAGCUCUCAAACCAAAGUAGAUUUGAUCUGAAUCAAUCUUCAUUUAUGCCAGCUCAAUUUGAUUACUGAAGUAGAUCAAGUACUGCAACUAGAUUGUCAAAGAGCAGUAGGUCAAUUAGUAGCUAGCACUAGUGCUAGUAUAUUAAGUAAAUUUCCUUCUGGAACAGUUUAUUCCAACAUCACAUGAUUGUCAGUAAAUGACUGACCAUUAC